AUGUUGAGCUCUGCGUCAUGUGCUACUGUCGCUGUUCGAGCACGAACAGCUAAUUUAAAUUCACGCCGAUCUGGUGUGCUUGUUACGAAAGGUUUGAAAAAAACAUCGAUACGCUCUCCGAGAGGCAAGUAUGGCAUACUUCGCGCAGCUUCAAAUAACAACACUUUUGACGAUGACUGGUUGAAAGCAGAAGUCCCCGUUCAUCUUUUAACUUUAUUUGGCUGGACCAUUCCGUCUGCAUCUCCUUGCCCCGCUUUUGAGAACAACAAUUCGUUAUUCUUUAUGCUGUGCCAAUCCGUGUCCGAGAACUUGAGUCACUUUCCCACUGGUCCAGCACUAGACGACAAGUUCUGGCUAUAUCUCAUCACUUGGCAUGUUGGAUUAUUCACCACAAUGCUUUUGGGUCAAAUUGGCUAUCAAGGAAGAAAGCAGGGUUAUUUCUGA